CCCGUGGCCAUUAAGUCAUGUAACAAGGGCUAGCAAAAGAAGAGAAGAGCAUCGUCUCCGAGGAAUUUUGACCCUAAAACAAACAGAGAAUACCCAAAGCUCUUCUUCCUUCAUUCUGCUUACACUUCCUCCCCCCCCACACACACACACUCUGCACCUAAGCUAAUGCAUGUUGUUUCGUGUAGUCAGAACUGAACCCUUCUCGCUCAAACCCCAUUUUCAUGCUCUUCAGUCCGUCUCCCUGCUUUCUACUACUACUCUUCCACGCCCCUCAAACAACGCAGUUUCUGACAUCUCGGCCCUGCUCAAGAAACCCAACUGGCAAACGAGCAAUCACCUUAAAUCCCUCGUUUCUCACUUGAACCCGCACUUAGUUUCUAGAGUUAUAGCCUCCCACAGCAGGGACAUUCCACUCUGUCUCAAGUUUUUCAAGUGGGUAUCCCAACAAUCUACUUAUUGCUAUGAUAUGGACGGCAGAAUUCAGUUACUGUAUUUGUUAGAAUCUGAUAAGUUAUACGGGAUUAUGCAUAAAGUGCUUGUUUUGUUAAUUAAAGAGUGUUAUAGUUCUCAUGAUGAGAUAUUGAAGCUGAUUGGUGCUGUUGAUGACAUGCGGGAAAAGGCCGGUUUUCGCAUUAACUAUCCUUGUUAUAGUAUGCUUUUGAUGUGUUUGGCGAAGUUAGAUAUGGGUUUGAUGGCUUUUUUGGUGUUCAAGAGAAUGUUGGGCGACGGGUUUGAUGCGAGUGGGAUUGAUUACAGGACAGUUGUAAAUGCUUUGUGUAAGAAUGGAUUUGUACAGGCCGCCGAGAUGUUCGUUUCUAGCGUCUUGAAACUCGGAUAUGCUUUGGAUGUUUAUAUUCAUACUUCUUUAGUUUUGGGUAAUUGUAGAGCUGGUGAACUUGGUGAGGCCUUCAGGGUGUUUGCUUUAAUGUCAGAAGGGGAUGUGUGUGGUGUUAAUAGUGCUACAUACUCAAUUCUUGUACAUGGUCUGUGUGAAGCGGGAAGGUUAGACGAAGCUUGUAAGUUGAAGGAAGACAUGAGUGAGAGGGGCUGUGAACCGAGUGCACGAACCUAUACAGUUUUAAUUAAAGCUACAUGUGACAGAGGAUUGAUCGAUCAGGCGUUCUGUUUGCUAGAUGAGAUGAUAAAGAAGGGGUGUAAGCCCAAUGUUCAUACGUAUACGGUCCUCGUAGAUGUCCUAUGUAGAGAAGGAAAGAUGGAGCAGGCUAAUGGGAUGUUUAAAAAGAUGCUGAAAGGUGGGUUUAGUCCUGGUACUGUAACUUACAAUGCACUAAUUAACGGUUAUUGUAAAGAAGGACGAGUGGUUUGUGCUUUUGAGUUGCUUGGGGUGAUGGAGAGAAAGAAAUGCAAACCAAAUAUCCGUACUUAUAAUGAGCUUAUGGAAGGAUUGUGUAAAAUUGGUCGACCUUACAAAGCAGUGGAACUGCUGAGAAAGAUCAUAAACAAUGGCCUACUUCCUACUGAAGUUACUUUCAAUAUUCUCAUUGACGGGUUCUGCAGGGCAGGCGAGCUAAAUAUGGCUUUUGAAAUUCUGCAUUCUAUGAGCUCAUAUGGGAUUGAACCUAAUCAUUUUUCUUAUACUAUGUUCAUUGAUAGCCUCUGCAAAAUGGAAAGAUUGGAGCAAGCAGGUGGCUUUUUGGGAGUGAUGAUAAAAAAAGGAAUAUCUCUUGUUACUGCAAGACUGGAAAUCUUAAGCAUGCGUUUUUGCUGUUUGAAGAAAUGGUCAAGAAUAGGCGUUUAACAAGUCCGCAUACUUUUAACAUAUUUCUUGAUGUUCUUGGCAAAGAAGUUAAGCUAGAUGAAGUAAAUGCAGUGUUCGGGUAUAUGUUAAAGCACGGUCUAGUUCCCUCCGUAGUGACUUAUACUAUAUUGGUCGAUGGGCUCUGUCGAGCAGGUGAAAUGGACUCUGCCUUGAAAAUGCUGGAACUCAUGAAACAAGCCGGUUGUCCACCAAAUGUCUAUACAUAUACUAUAGUCAUCAAAGGUCUAUGCCAGAGCGGAAAAUUGGAGGAUGCAGAGAAACUUUUGAUUGAAAUGCAAAACGCUGCAGUUUCACCAAAUGUCAUCAUAUAUGCUAUACUGGUCAAGUCAUAUGUUAUAGCUGGCAGGUUGAACCAUGCGUUCAACGUUGUGAACGCCAUGUUCCAGGACGGUUGUAGAGCAAACACUCAUGUAUAUUCUGCACUACUUGUAGGAAUUUUGGAGUUGGAAAUGGAUGGUUCCACUAGAGCGCAAAAUUCUAGUACUGCUUUAAAUGCUGAGAUGGAGAUUGGUGUUAAUUGUUGUCCUAAAUUCACUUUUAUGAAGAUGGAUAUCUACCAUGCUUUCCAACUUCUCAACAAAAUUAGAGAAUGUGGUGGUCAACCUUUUGAUGCAUACAAGUUUCUUAUCAUGGGCUUAGCUGGAACAGGAAGAAUAUCAGAAGCAGAUAUUCUUAUACAAGAAAUGGUGACAUAUGGCCUCAGUCCUGACAGUGACAUUAGUUCUUGCAUAAUUACGCACUUCUGCAAAAACAACGAUUAUAGUCAUUGUCUUGAGUGGAUCACAAGAUUCCAUGCCUAUGGUUGCGACCCAUCAUUUGCAUCUUACAGCGCUGUGAUUGUUGGUCUUCAGAAUGAGGGAAGGCUUAAAGAAGCUGAACGACUGAUAUCUGACCUUCUUAGAAAUGCCGGUGUUGAGGAUCAAACUGCAAUCUCACCAUAUAUAGAUUUUCUAGUAAAGAGAGAGGUGCCUUCUGGACCUCCCGAGCUUCUAAACUUAAUAGAGCAUAUGAGCUACAAAGAGAGGCCAAGCAUUUAGCACUCUCAUAUUGGACCUAGGACCAUUCCCCAAACCAUGUAAAAAUUGUGUAUUUUUAUAUUUGUUUCUCCGUCUUGAUUUUGCACGUGUUUCACACUUUUCCGUACAGUAUCCUAACCUCUCAUUACAGAGACUUAAGUAGAUUUCAUCUAAAAUCCAUGGAAUCUUCACUAUGGAGGCCUUGCAGGCCUUCUAAUGUUAGCAAACCCUGUCCCCAGAUCAAGCUCUUUGCCUGGCCCUAGGUACAAUUUCAUCAGCCAUGUUUCUCUGUAGCAUCAUAUGACCUUUCCCUGAACAUAAAUAGGUAACUGAUCUCUCCUUUUGUUGCUGUCCCCUUCUUAUCUUGUUUAUACUUAUCCAAUUAAGUCUAUAUUCAAAUUCUGACAAGAGUAACAUGAGGGUUUGCUGAUGAAGAGUUGAGGAUUCUGGAAUAUGUUUGUAUGAUGUCUUGGGUUUGAACAUUCCCACCAGAUAAAACACAUUCUUGAUGCCCCAUAUGAG